ACUUCGAGCCGCUCUUUCACACGCGUCAAUCGCGAUCCUCUCCGCCGCGAACUCAUGUGCAUUGCAUCCAGAACAAGGAUCACACGUCUUGUCGGGAGCUUCUGUCCUGCCCGCGCUCACGUCACCGCUCGAAUGGCUUCGCUCAAGCGCAGCGCCACAGUAGACCGGGACAUCUCACCUCCACCAAGUAAGCGGAAAGUAGUGACUGGGACUACGAGCAAAGCAAUCUCGAACUUCUUCAAGCCCGCAUCGCAGAAAGAACCAGAGAAGAUCAAGUUUCACGAUGUCAACGGCAGCUUACUUGUUGGGCGGUAUGAAGGCGCUACCACCAUUACAAGACCCAAACCAGUAAAGGUCGCAGCGUUUGACCUGGACAGCACACUGAUAGUCACGAAGUCGGGAUUGCAAUUCUCGAAAGGUCCAGAUGACUGGCAGUGGUGGCACUCAACAGUACCGGGCAAGCUGAAGGAGCUCAACGCGGACGGCUAUGCUGUGGUCAUCAUUAGCAACCAGAGCCGAAUUGUCCUGAAGCCCGAGCCCAAGAAAGCAGGUGACAUGAAGAGUCUGAGCAACUUCAAAGCAAAAGUGACAGCGGUCAUGAAUGUGCUCGAGCUCCCGAUAACGAUCUACGCGGCAACACAAAAGGACAACUACAGAAAACCGCGCACAGGCAUGUGGGAUCAGCUGCUGCAUGACUACGGACUCAACGAUGCCGCUGAAAUCGACCUUGCAAAUUGCAUUUUCGUUGGGGACGCUGCAGGUCGUGAAGGGGACAAAGCUGCAAAAGUACGCAAGGAUCAUUCGUGCUCGGAUCGAGACUGGGCGGCAAACAUAGGCAUACCGUUCCAGACUCCGGAGGAGUAUUUCCUAGGUGAGGCACCAAAACCAUUCGUGAGAUCCUUUGAUCCAGCGGCCUACCUCGAACCGAGAUUGGACUCGCAAACAGAUCUGAGCCCCAUUGUAUUCACCAAGAAGAAUGAUGUGGAACUUGUGCUGUUCUGUGGCUCGCCAGGGGCAGGCAAGUCCACAUUCUACUGGCAACACAUGGAGACGCUGGGGUAUCAACGUGUCAAUCAGGACAUUCUCAAAACGCGUGACAAGUGCGUGAAAGUGGCAACACAGCAUCUCGAGGACAAGAAAGCUGUCGUGGUGGAUAACACGAACGCAGACAUCGAGACGAGAGCAGUCUGGAUACAGCUUGCGAAGAGGCUACAAGUGCCGAUUCGCCUAGUUCACUUCACAGCACCAGCGAAGCUCUGCGAGCACAACGACACCCUGCGUUCACUGUCUGACGGCCUUGUGAACCCGGAGAAUCGAACAAUUCUGCCGGCGAUGGCGUUUUCCGGCUUUCAAGGUCGCUACCGCGAACCAAAGGUCGAGGAAGGCUUUGACGACAUCACCAAAGUCGACUUUACCUUCAGAGGAACGGAAGAGCAGAAGGCCCGUUGGCGGAAGUAUUGGGCAUCGUGAAGCAUGUGAAAUGCCGAGGACCUUCUCGCGAUCAAUCGAAUCGGAUCCGUUCGACUGAAGUUCGCCAAAUUUUGAUGGGGAUUUCGUUGAUGAGUAGUGGAUUGCUAGGGAAUCCGUCGCGUAACCUCACUGGCGGACUCGGAUGCGGCUCGCUCAACACGUGCUUGGCCAGUCACGUUUGCGCAUCGGCUUCCAAGCGUCGACAAACAUAGAAAAGUGCCAUGUGUCAUGGCCCGUAUCGCUACCAGAGUGACGAAGCCCGGAACUCUGUCGGCUCACUGGCGAUGCGGUCACAGCGCCGGCCGGCAGCGUUGCCAGAAGCUGUGUUCCGCUUGCAACCAGGUUUUGGUGGUGCGCGUCGCUGGCACGACGGGCGCGGCGCACACCACGAUCGCGGCAGCUCGAUGAAUUCGGCGAUCUUAUAGCAGCAGUCGUGAAGCGCGAACGCAUUUUACAAAAGCAUGGUGACCAUCGACGAUUCGAAUGACUACGUGAAGUCGAGCGACGGUGACAGCGAGCACGACACCCGAACUCAC